GGCACCUGGGACGGGACGCGCAGGCGCGCUGAUGCCUCGAGUCCCAAAAGGAGGGCGGGUGCGCGCGCUUCCUCGCGCACGCGCGCACGGAGGGGGCGACGGCCGCGGUGACGCUGCUUGCGCCGGCGGGCGGCGGCGCGUGAGGCGCGCGAUUCCCGGUGUCUUGGGAGCAGUGCCCCGGCCCCCGCCGCUCCUGCCGCCGCCAUGUCGGGCCGGUCGGUCCGGGCCGAGACCCGCAGCCGGGCCAAGGAUGACAUCAAGAAGGUGAUGGCUGCCAUCGAGAAAGUGCGGAAAUGGGAGAAAAAGUGGGUGACUGUGGGUGACACGUCGCUUAGGAUAUUUAAGUGGGUUCCUGUGACAGACAGCAAGGAGAAAGAAAAGUCAAAAUCGAACAGUUCAGCAGCCCGGGAACCUAAUGGCUUUCCCUCUGAUGCCUCAGCCAAUUCCUCUCUCCUUCUUGAAUUCCAGGAUGAAAACAGCAACCAGAGUUCCGUGUCUGAUGUCUAUCAGCUCAAGGUGGACAGCAGCACCAACUCGAGCCCCAGCCCCCAGCAGAGCGAGUCCCUGAGCCCAGCGCACACCUCCGACUUCCGCACAGAUGACUCCCAGCCCCCCACCCUGGGCCAGGAGAUCCUUGAGGAGCCCUCCCUGCCUGCCUCAGAAGUUGCUGAUGAACCUCCCACCCUCACGAAGGAAGAGCCGGUUCCAUUAGAGACACAGAUUGCUGAGGAAGAGGAAGACUCAGGUGCCCCUCCCCUGAAACGCUUCUGUGUGGACCAACCCGCAGUGCCGCAGACAGCAUCGGAAAGCUAGCACCUCCCUGGCGCCUUUCGCCUCCUGGCCCCAUGCCUCUAUUUAUUGCAUUCUGGUUCUGGCUGUGCUGUGUUGCUGGGGUGAGGGCAAGCACUGGGGUCCAGAGCCUGCACAUAGAAGCCUUCUGGGCUAGAAGGCUGACAUAGGACUUGGGGUCGUAGUAGCAUCUUCCCGUCCCUGGCACCUGUGUCUGCUUGAUCCUGAGAAGAGGAGCACUCCUGUCCUUUCUGCACCCCAGGUGGCUGGAGCACCAGCCACUCCAGGGUUCAUCUGUCACCUCCAGGUAGUAGUCUCUGCUCCAGAACCUUUGGACCGAGCUGCUGGUGCUUCUACAAGAGGAAAGAGAUGUGGAGGGCACCCUCUAGAGAAGAGAGUGCCCAGGGCUUACUUGAAUGGAGACUGUAGAUUCGUGGACUUUCCCAUAGGGCUAGGGGCCCUGUAGGCUGCUGUUGGAGAAUGCCUGAGUAGACUCUGGAGGGAAGGGAAGGGCUUUUCUCCACACGAGGGAAGAAAAGUCCACGUGUAUUUCUUGCUGUCCUGGCACUUCUGCCCAUUUCUGAGGUUAUCCUGCCUCUCAUGGGCUCUCUGGCUGCUGACAGUCCUUUGUCCCCCACUGUAACCAUCCCCUUCCCCCAACACAAACACGCACGCAGCUUUUGCUGUUUCCACCUGGACAUUUCAUCACGUCCCCUGCCUCCCGCCAUGGUCCCCAGCACUCCUGCCACAAACUCUGCCCCAGCGAGAACUUGAGGUUCUGACAACAGUACCCAUCCCCACAGUACUGCUUCAGCUCAGACUUUCUAGAAAGUUCCCUUUUCUUUGAAAUCUGCAUGUGUAAUUGAACCUUGUGAUUUUAUUUUUUGUUUCAAAAAAGUUUAAGAAAAUGGAAAUGGGCAACAGUGAGUGAAGACAUAUUUUAGCACUGAAUAGAAUAUUUUUUAAAAUUAAACUAUUUGAAAUAUG